CAAAACGAGGAAUGAAUCUCUUUUCAGUUCCGCACAUUCGUGCACGAGAGCAAGAAGCCAUUUUCGGGCGUGCGAAUAGAGAUCAUCAUUCAUCAUCAGGACGCGGUGACGAAGAAGAAGCUGAAACGGAAACCCAAUUCGAAUACCAGGUACUAAUCUUAAACCUGAGAAUUUGUUUGGAAACUUAAACUCAACUUAGGGCUAGAAUGGGGGAAGUUCAUUGGUCUUUUGAAUUUGCCAACAUGUUCAUCCCAUCAGAGGAUUAUGCAAAUUAGGUUUUCCAGGUUCAGGAUUUGGAUUGUUUCAUUGCUAGGGAAUUUCUGGGGUUAUUAGGGUUUAGGCUUUUUUUUUUUUCUUUUUUUUUUUUUGUGUGGGGAAUAGCGAGUGAAAGAGCUAUGAAAGGACGGUCUCAUCAUCGUCUUCAGAAUUCGGACCCUCCGGACGACUGGGUUAAUGGUUCUUGGACUGUGGACUGUGUGUGUGGUGUGAAUUUCGAUGAUGGGGAAGAGAUGGUCAAUUGCGAUGAGUGUGGUGUUUGGGUGCACACCAGGUGUUCACGCUAUGUGAAGGGAGAUGAUAUUUUUGUUUGCGAUAAAUGUAAGAGCAAGAAUAAUAGGAAUAAUAGCGAAGAAACUGAGGUUGCACAAUUGUUGGUUGAGCUUCCUACUAAGACCAUGAGAAUGGAGAGCGCUUAUGCUUCCAGUGGACCUCCUCGCCGUCCUUUUAGGCUUUGGACCGACAUUCCAAUUGAGGAGAGGGUACAUAUCCAAGGAAUCCCGGGCGGUGAUCCUGCUCUAUUUGGUGGGUUGCCUUCUGUUUUUACUCCAGAGCUGUGGAAGUGCACUGGGUAUGUCCCCACAAAGUUUAAUUUCCAGUACAGGGAGUUCCCUUGUUGGGAUGACAAGGAGAAUGAUUCUCGAAAGGAUGAAGAAAAUGAGAAUCCUGUUGAUAAAGGUGCUGGUGUUCUCUUCUCUUUGUCGAAGGAGAGUGUUUUAGCAACUCCCGUGGCUGCUUUGGUCAGUCUGAGAGGUGCUUAUGAUGAAGGUGCUUGUGACCGUAAGGUCUCUUUGAAAGGGAUAAAAAAGUGGGAGAGUGAUGACUUAGAUGUUAGGGGAGCACAGAAUGGUGUGAAGAAGGAGAGAACCUUACUUCGGUCUGUUGUAGUACAUUCUGGUAAGCGGAAGAAAGAAGAUAUAGGGACAUCUAAAGAUCGCACGAGUAGGAAGAAGGCUAGACCUGCUGAGAAAGAGGCCGAUGCCAAGAAGAGAAGUGCGCAUUCUUCUAGAACAGUGUUGACACCCUCCAGUGAUGCAAAACAAUUGGAAUUUUAUGAAGACAGAGGCUUGAAGUUUUCGAAGACUGAAAUUCAGAGUAUGAAGAACAAGAAUUUGAGGGAUGCUGUGGUUAGAGAACCUUUAUCUGAUGGUUGUCCGGCAGCAUGCGACAACGCUAAAAAGCACACUUCAGAAGUGCCCAGGCAUGAUUUUAACAUGGCUACCGGUCAGAAUGAAGAGAAGGUUGACAACCAGCAUCCUGCAGUGCUAGGAAGUUCUCCCAAAACUGAUGAUGCUGUUGCAACAUCAGCAGAGCAUGGUGAUGCAGGGAAUAUUCAUGUAAAGGAAGAGGAAGAUAAAAUGGAAAUCAAUAAGCUAGAUGAUAGUUCUAAAGGUCCAGAUAGAAUUGCUGUGAAGCCUCCUCUUGAUGAUAUGGCUAGUAUUGCACCAGAAGUCAAGGACAAUCAAAUUCAAGAAUCUAGUGGUGACAAGUCGCUGAGUUCCGAAAAACUUGAUUUUGAAGUAAAAACAGAAUGUGAUGGGAAUUCUAGGCCCCUGUUGAACUUUCAGUCUUCUCCUUAUGGUGAUGCAAAAGAUCCAGGCAUAGCUUCUGAUCACAUGUCUGAAAUUUCUAAACUGAAUGAUACAACUGUAAGCAGUUCACAAUCCAGUGACCAUAAGGCACAAGAUAUAGACAGAAGUUUGGAAGCAGUCGGUGAUUCUCGUAGAGACAAUGCUGAUGAAUUAUCUAGCAACCCUUGUCAGCAAAAACAAGAAUUGGAGGGUCCUGAAAAUUCCUUGAGUGUGCAGAAAUCUUCUUCAGAACAAAGACAUACUUUUGAGUUUCCUGAAGAGCAUUCCAAACCAGGAGGAAUUAUCUCGAAUUUGCCUGCUGUGCCAAGUCAGCGUAAAUUAGGAGCAAGUGUUGGAAAAUCUUCUUCUACUUCAUCCACCAUAUUGAUAGCCAAAUCAUCCACUUCCUCUAAAUCUGCUGAUGCUCUAAAUUCUAAUUCCAUUGCAAAACAACAAGUCAUUCCAGAAUGCAAUGUUAGUUCUAGGAAAGAUCAUCCUUCAUAUGAUGUCAGGGAUGAAGCAAGGGAUGACAUGCCAAGGAAAAUCGUAAAAGAGCAUCCAAAAUCAUUUACAAAUUCGGCUCCAAAGCCCUCCCACUCAGGCAGGACUCAUGAUUCUGCUUCCAAGCAAACCACAUCAGAAUCAAAAGAUUCUGGGCCUUUUUUAUCUUCCAAGACAUCUUCUGCCCCAACUACUGCAGUUACUUCAGGUUCAAGCGAACCUGCUGGAUCACUGCACCAUCAGAAGGGUGUACAUUUGCAUAAUAAAAAUUCAGCUUCAAAUACACUACAAAAAGCAGAAAAGAUGAACCAGACUAGUUCCCAACCUUCCUCUAAGAUCAACCAGAAUCAUCCAUCAUCCAUGUGCCCACCUGCACCUUCAAGUUCACCUGCAACACUAAGUGAUGAAGAGCUUGCUUUACUUUUGCAUCAAGAACUCAACAGCUCUCCUAGAGUACCUCGUGUACCACGUGUUCGCCAUGCAGGUAGCUUGCCUCAGUUGGCUUCUCCAAGUGCGACAAGCAUGCUAAUAAAGCGAACAUCUAGUUCUGGAGGAAAGGAUCAUGGUUUGGUAACUAGAAGAAAAAACAAGGAUGCUCCCAAAGAUGGGUUUCGAAAUUCUCGUGAACUUGAUGAUGAAGCUAAAAGGAUAGAUAGAGUGACAAUUUCUCAUGAUCAGAGAAGACAAGACAUAGCAUAUACAGGUGAUACAUGUUCCAAAGGGGAGGAUGAUGGGUCUGCAACAGCAGCACAGUCCUCUAAGAAGAAUAUCCCCUCUACCUCUGCCGGAACUGCAACCAGUUGUCCAUCUUCAUCCACUGAAGCUAAUGAUCAAAAUUUGUCGUCUAUCCGCAGUUCACCUAGGAAUACCUCUGAUGACGAUACAGGCACACUUGCUGGCCCUGUUCAUCGUACUUUACCAGGUUUGAUCAAUGAGAUUAUGAGCAAAGGAAGGCGUAUGACAUAUGAGGAGCUCUGCAAUGCUGUGCUACCGCACUGGCACAAUUUGAGGAAGCAUAACGGAGAGCGUUAUGCAUACACUAGUCAUUCACAGGCUGUUCUUGAUUGCCUGAGGAACCGACAUGAAUGGGCUCGGUUGGUUGAUCGUGGUCCAAAGACAAACUCAAGCCGGAAAAGACGCAAGCUUGAUGCUGAAGAGCUGGAGGAUAAUGAGUAUGGCAAAGGAAAAACUGUAAAUCAGGUAGAAAGUAAAAGCCUUGAAUCCCAGAGAGAAGACUUUCCAAAGGGAAAAAGAAAAGCUCGAAAACGUAGGAGACUAGCUCUUCAAGGGAGAGGAAUAAAGGAUAUCAGGAAGAGACGGAAAGCAGAUAUGCUUAGUGAUGAUGAAAUUGGAACAUCUUCUAAUUCCAGCGAGGAGAGCAUGUCGAGUGAGGAUGAGGUUCAGGGAGGUGGAGCAUGUCCAGUAGGAAGUGAGACCUCUGCUAGUUCAGAUGAGGCAGGGACCACGUAAUUUUGAAAGGUUCAGCUUUUCAUCUGAUUUUGAGAGUUGAGGAGGCCUCUAUCAAGUGGUCUUCUUGCAUGUCAAUUGGCUUCAUACAACACGGUUGCAUGGAUUUUUUUUUUUUUUCGGAGUUACUGUAUAGAGCCUGGAAGAUGCUGAGUUGUUGGACCGAUGUGUUCUUCUAAGUCGUGGUAUAUGCUGAGUGAUGUACGGUAGUUGGAUGAACAUUGUGGUCUGAUCUGACUGAAGGGUGGAAAAGCUGGUACCAAGCUGAUAUAAAAAUUUGUAACACUAGGAGUGUAAAUAUGAAUGCUAUUUUCCGUUUUUGGGUGACUGUGACGUUAGUGCCUAGGACUUCUGAGCAUUGCUAUGUUUGAGGCAAUAUAGGCUUUUUUUAAAAUAAGGUAUUAGAUUUUGGCAAGUAACCGGGAAUAGCUUACUUUGCUGGUAAAAAAUGUGGAUAUGGAUUUCUCAAGUUCACCA